UCCCGGCGGCGGCGGCGGCGGAAAGGGGGCUCAGCGUGGGAGCGUGGGACCGGGGUCCAUCCGCUGGCAUGCGAGGCGCGGGGCCUGGCGGCGGGCCCCGGAGGCCCGAGGCCGAGCGGGCAGCGCCGGGAGGGCGCACUCCACGCGUGUCCGCGCCCGCAGCCGGCACGCAGGGCGGCCUGGCCCUUUAAGCGUCCAGACGGCGGCCCCAGCUGACGCGCGGGCUCCAAUCGGCGCCCCGCGCCCCCCGCCCGCCGCGCCCAAGGCUCUGGGGCCGCAGCUGCUCGGCGGCUGGACUCGCCGCGGCCCUGCGCCUCCGCCCGCCCGGCCGCGCCCCCGGGGGCCAUGGUCGCGGGGCCCUGCGCGGGGGCGGCCCCCAGCGCGGCGCUUCAUGGAGCGGCCCCGGCCCGGCCGCCGGGGGCAGCGCGAUCCCGCGGGGCCCUGUGAGCCCCCAGCGCCACGGCACCAUGUUGCUGGUUGAGAAGACAACCGACUCACCGGCGGCCGAGUUCUCGCUGGUGGAGGACGUGGCCCUGCACUUUGCCUGCUUGAUGGGCCGUCUGAAUGAGCAGCGCCUCUUCCAGCCUGACCUCUGCGACGUGGACCUGGUGCUGGUGCCCCAGUGCAGUGUCUUCCCGGCGCACAAGGGCGUGCUGGCCGCCUACAGCCAGUUCUUUCACUCGCUCUUCACCCAGAACAAGCAGCUGCAGCGUGUGGAGCUGUCCCUGGAGGCGCUGGCGCCCGGCGGCCUGCAGCAGAUCCUCAACUUCAUCUACACGUCCAAGCUGCUGGUGAACGCGGCCAACGUCCACGAGGUGCUCAGCGCUGCCUCGUUGCUGCAGAUGGCGGACAUCGCCGCGUCCUGCCAGGAGCUGCUGGACGCCCGCUCCCUCGGCCCCCCGGGCCCCAGCGCUGUGGCCCUGGCCCAGCCAGCUGCCAGCUGCACCCCAGCCCCGCCACCCUACUACUGUGACAUCAAGCAGGAGGCCGAUACCCCGGGCCUGCCCAAGAUCUACGCCCGAGAGGGCCCUGACCCCUACUCUGUGCGCGUGGAGGACGGGGCAGGGACUGCGGGCGGCACCGUGCCUGCCACCCUUGGGCCAGCCCAGCCCUUCUUCAAGGAGGAGAAGGAGAGCCGCGUGGAGGAGGCUGGCGGGCCCCCGGCCAGCCUGUGCAAGCUGGAGAGCGGGGAGGAGUUGGAGGAAGAGCUUGGGGGAUCCGGCACCUACAGCCACCAGGAGCAGUCCCAGAUCAUCGUGGAGGUGAACCUCAACAACCAGACACUGCACGUGUCCACGACGCCCGAGGGGAAGCCGGGUGCUGCUACCGGCCCGGCCACCAUGGUGCUGGGCCGGGAGGACGGGCUGCAAAGACACGAGGAGGAGGAGGAAGAGGACAAUGAGGAAGAUGAGGAGGAGGAAGUAGGGGAGGAGGGCGGUGGCAGUGGAGGGGAGGAGGAGGAGGAGGAAGGUGGUAGUCAGGGGGAGGAGGAGGAGGAGGAGGAGGAAGAAGGGCACAGUGAACAGGAGGAGGAUGAGGAGGAGGAGGAAGAGGAAGGACAGAGUGAGCAGGAUCAGGACAGCUCGGAGGAGGAGGAGGGAGAGGAGGAAGAGGAGGUGGGGGUCAGACAGGGGCCAGCGGGGCGCAGGGGCAGCCGGGCAGAGCCCCUUCCCCACAGUCGCAUGGCCACGCGGUCCCGGGAGAAUGCCCAGCGCCGGGCACCCCCGGAGCCCGAGGAGGCCAGGCAGGGUGGCAAGAGGCCCAAGCAGCCCCCCGGAGCGGCCCCGGCGCCAGCACGAGGGUCACAGGCCCCUGAUGGGCUGGGGGCCAAGGUGAAGCUGGAAGAGAAACAGCACCACCCGUGCCAGAAGUGCCCGCGCGUGUUCAACAACCGCUGGUACCUGGAGAAACACAUGAAUGUGACCCACAGCCGCAUGCAGAUCUGCGACCAGUGUGGCAAGCGCUUCCUGCUGGAGAGCGAGCUGCUGCUGCACCGGCAGACGGACUGCGAGCGCAACAUCCAGUGUGUGACAUGCGGCAAAGCUUUUAAGAAGCUGUGGUCCCUCCACGAGCACAACAAGAUUGUGCACGGCUACGCGGAGAAGAAGUUCUCGUGUGAGAUCUGCGAGAAGAAGUUCUACACCAUGGCCCAUGUGCGCAAGCACAUGGUGGCUCACACCAAGGACAUGCCGUUCACCUGCGAGACCUGCGGGAAGUCCUUCAAACGGAGCAUGUCCCUCAAGGUGCACUCGCUGCAGCACUCGGGGGAGAAGCCCUUCCGCUGUGAGAACUGCAACGAGCGCUUCCAGUACAAGUACCAGCUGCGCUCCCACAUGAGCAUCCACAUCGGCCACAAGCAGUUCAUGUGCCAGUGGUGUGGCAAGGACUUCAACAUGAAGCAGUACUUCGACGAGCACAUGAAGACCCACACAGGGGAGAAGCCGUACAUCUGUGAGAUCUGCGGCAAGAGCUUCACCAGCCGGCCCAACAUGAAGCGGCACCGGCGCACCCACACGGGCGAGAAGCCCUACCCCUGCGACGUGUGCGGCCAGCGCUUCCGCUUCUCCAACAUGCUCAAGGCCCACAAGGAGAAGUGCUUCCGCGUCAGCCAUCCGCUGGCCGGCGACGGGCCCCCCUCGGCGCCAGGCCUGCCCCCAACCCAGCCUCCGGCUCCCGCCCUGCCCCUGCUCCCGGGGCUGCCCCCCACCCUGCCCCCGCCGCCCCACCUGCCGGCCCCGCCUCCACUCUUCCCCACCUCGGCCAGCAGCAGCGGCGGGAGGAUGAGCGCCAGCCACCAGCCCUGACCUGCACACCAGGACCUGGAGCCCGGGGCCAGUGGGAGCGACACACCAGCCCGGCCAGGGUGCAGGCUGGCUGCCCCCCAGAGCUGGUGGAGGACACCUCUCUCCCAAGUGCCCCCUUUCAGGGACUCCUUGAAGCCUUUCCCCUUUUUUGGAAGUGAAGGAAAAAGAGAGGAAGCGCUUUGCAGUACCCCCUCCAGGUGAGGGGGCGUUGGAGGCAGCGGGGACAGGGGAAGGGGCGGCCUGGAGCGCAGGUGUGACUGGUCACUGCUGAGGCUUGAGCUGAGGGGUUGUUCAGGUUGAGCCUGGGCCAGCCUCGGGCUCCUCCCUGCCUCCCGUGUCCCCUAACUUGCUUCCUUGUCCUAAAAGGGUUGGGGUGCCAGCCCCCCCUCCCCCGGGAGCAGUUGUGGACUCAGUCUGAGGACUGUGGACACCGAGGCAGGGGCUUGAGACUGAAUGCCCAGGGGCGUGUUGGGUGGGGCCUGGUGAGGCGUGAAGACUUCAGACCAGCUCUGCGCCAUGUGGAGUGGGGCAGGCAGGGGCUGGACCCCGGCAUUUGCUUUCCCCACCCAUCGCCCUGCCAGCAAGCACUGGGGUCCCCGACCUGCACCAGGCUGCACCGAGGUCCCUGGCCUCACUCACGAUGCGGGGAGAGGCCUGGGGUGGGCAAUGGGUCGGCUCCCCCGGCAUCAGCUCCCAGGGGCUACAGUCAAGGAGCCCCUGCAAAUGGGUGGCCCCCAGGGGGAGGCCUGGACAAGUGUCCCGAGGUUUCAAGGUGCUAUCGGGGGCAGAGGGCAGAGCUGCUGGUCACAGAGCACCCGCCCCUCACCAGCUGCCCCGGCCCUGUCUCCCACGCGAGAGGAGAUGUGUGUGUCUGUCCAUCAUGCUCCCUGAAGGCAAUGCCAGGCCUCAUCCUCUCCUGGCCCCGCCCCAGCCUGCCCAUGGCUGGUGUCCAGCACCCUUGUCCCUCUGGGCCGCUGCGUUGGUGGCGGGUGCCUGUGGCAUUGUUAGUGAGAGGAGCCUGCACGGUCAGGCCCGGGUCCUAGGGGAGUCCCUGCCUGUGCCCAAUGCUUGCCUGCAUGAGGCCAGCACUAACAGGUCACCCUUUUUUGUUGUCAUUUAACAUCUUUAUUCCUGCCCUUAAAACGGGGAGGAAGGUUCCAUAAGCUACAUGUUUCCUAGUUAAGCUCUUUCCUAUUGUGUUUAUACGGUUUUGUUUGUUAUACUCUUUGCACCUUAAACCCCCACGACUACCCCCAUACCACCGCCUUCCCAGCAUGGCUGGAGUGGGAGCAGGCCUGAGCCCCGGGGGGUGGUGGGGGGACUGGGCCCCAUCGGCCUAAGGGCUGAGGGGGUUAGAACCCCACUGACCUCCUUGUGAGGCCCACGGCGCUGGGGCAGGGGGUUGGGCACAUUUUAAUCAUCAAUAAACGAAGCACUUUAUUCUGUACAGAUGUGGGCAGGCCCAAGGAGCCCGAGUGAUUUGAGGGUCUAUAAUCCAAGCCGCACAGCCGCUCGCUCUCUGGGCGUGGAGCAGGCGGUGCCCUGGCUGUUGAUUCGGGGGCUGCAGCAGGAGCAGUACAAACCAGAGCCUACAGACUCACCCUCUGGGGCCCCUGCUGUCCUCCCGGGACCGAACGUGGGCCCCUUCCCGAGAGGAAGGCUUCCUGCCUGGCUCCCACCCCAAGGCUGGGCCUCCCAGGGCCCUGCGUUACUGUAGCUCUUUCCCUCUCUUGUACCUCUAAUCUCUGGGCUUCCGUGAUGUCCUCAGGGACCCUCCCCCCACACCCCCACCCUUGCUAUGUCUAACCUCUGGUCCCAGUGCCUGGCAGCUCUUCAGAGCUGGCUCACAUUUUCCAAAAAAAGGUUGAUCUCCCCUCGAUGCGCUUGAGGCCGGGACCCCCAUGGGUUCCCCAACCCCCUGUCACUGACACCAGGGUCUACCCUACCCUAGGGGCUGGUGGCCUUGUCACCAGCCAGCCCCACUGCAGCCUUAGCAAGCCUGGGGGCCUGGCCAGGCGGGGCCCCUGGUCUGUCAGGCCAGACUUUGACAAGCAGAGGCCAGAGACUGGGGGCUUGGGGGGGCUGGUUGUGAACCCCUGUCCUAAGACGUGGGUUCCCUGUUCUUUUAUACCUUCCCUCUGAGGGCAGGAGAGGGGUCCCUACAGCAGGCUGGGCUCCAGUCACAAUGGUCUUGGAGUUGUAUAGGUGGGUGCAGCCAAGUCCUCUCCUGGGAGGUCCCAUCCCAGUGGGGACAGGAGCCCCAUGUCCCUGGUGCUAAAUGCUCUCUUCCCCUUGGGCCACUGGGUGGGAGCACCUUUCCAGCCAGACCUCGGGGGCCUGAAGCAAUAAUGGAACCUCAGCAGUGCCAGUGUCGACGGGGUUCUUGUUUUACCAGCUUCUCCAUUUCCUUUUUAUUUCAAAAGUAAGCGCCUGGCUAUUGGACUGAGGGCGCUGGGGCUUCCUACUCAACCCCAGGGCUGGCAGUAGGUGGUGGGCAGGGGCUUAGCUCAUCACCGCCACUGGAAUUCGGCCGUGAGGAGGUCUGUCCAUCCGGACUUCUCAGCCCCGUUGGCCAGAUCUCAGGUCCGGAACCUGGGCCUGUCCCUGCCCCAGCUUCCCCAGGGCUCUCUGGUCUUGGGCCAGAGGGGGGCCUCCAGCCCCAUGAUCACAGUUCUGGGAUCUGGGACUGGCCUUAGAGCUUGAGCCUCUGACUCUGGCAUGUGCUGCCACAGUGCCCCUCACAGCGGUGGCAGCAUGGCUGUGCCCAGGCCUAUGGACCCCCGAUGUCUGGUCAUCUGUGGCCACCCCACAGCCACAGGGUGUGUGGGGAACAGCAGGUGGGCGAGUGAGAAGAGUGAGGGGAAUAAAGUCUACAACUGUU